GUGGCUGGAUCCCAACAUGGCGUCGGCGGCCGCGGGGGCGGCUGCGGGGUUCGGGUCCGGGUCCGGGUCGGGCGGAUGGAAAUACUGAUGACGGUCCGGAGACUCGCCUCCAUCUGUACCAUGGGCGCCAAUGCCUCUGCUUUGGAGAAAGAGAUUGGUCCUGAACAGUUUCCUGUGAAUGAACAUUAUUUUGGCUUGGUCAAUUUUGGCAAUACCUGCUACUGCAACUCAGUCCUACAGGCACUUUAUUUUUGUCGUCCGUUUCGGGAAAAAGUUUUGGCAUACAAGGUCCAGCCCCGGAAGAAGGAAAGCCUCCUUACGUGCCUCUCCGAUCUCUUCAACAGCAUUGCCACACAAAAGAAGAAGGUGGGAGUCAUCCCACCCAAGAAAUUUAUUUCCCGGUUGAGGAAAGAAAAUGAGUUGUUUGAUAAUUAUAUGCAGCAAGAUGCACAUGAAUUCCUAAACUACCUACUAAACACUAUUGCUGACUUACUACAAGAAGAGAAAAAACAGGAGAAACAGAAUGGCAAACUCCAGAAUGGCAGCAUUGAGAGUGAGGAAGGAGACAAGACUGAUCUGACAUGGGUCCAUGAAAUCUUCCAGGGAACACUAACCAACGAAACCAGAUGUCUUAACUGUGAAGCUGUUAGUAGCAAAGAUGAGGACUUCCUGGACCUGUCGGUUGAUGUGGAACAAAAUACAUCAAUUACGCACUGCCUAAGGGGGUUCAGUAAUACUGAGACUUUAUGCAGUGAAUAUAAAUACUACUGUGAGCAGUGUCGCAGUAAACAGGAAGCACAGAAGAGAAUGAGAGUGAAGAAGUUGCCCAUGAUUCUAGCUCUGCACUUAAAAAGGUUCAAAUACAUGGACCAGCUGCACCGAUACACCAAACUCUCCUACCGUGUAGUCUUUCCCUUGGAGCUUCGGCUCUUUAAUACUUCAGGAGAUGCUACAAACCCUGACAGAAUGUAUGACCUUGUGGCUGUAGUUGUUCACUGUGGCAGCGGUCCAAACCGUGGACAUUAUAUCACCAUAGUGAAGAGCCAUGGCUUUUGGCUGCUAUUUGAUGACGACAUUGUAGAGAAAAUUGAUGCCCAGGCCAUUGAAGAAUUCUAUGGGUUAACAUCAGACAUUUCCAAAAACUCAGAAUCCGGAUAUAUCCUCUUCUACCAGUCAAGAGACUAAAACUGAAAUGAUAAAUGUGUACAAAUAAAAGAA